AUGGCUCGGGCGCGAGCAAAUUCGGGCCAGGAUUCAACUGUCGACCAAGUUGUCCACCCAAAAGAUUCAGUUACAGAUGAAAGCGAAGAUGAAGAUGAAGAUGAAAAUAUGGACAACAAAUCUGUUGAUAAAAUGGAAUCAACUCCUCCUAUUGGUGAAAGCCGCCCGGAAGUUGGUGACUGGGUCAAAGAUAUUAUACGGCGAUUCACACAAAACCGUGGCAACGAUGUGAUGAACAAUUUAUUCCUGUCUGACACGCCCAAUUUCGAAGCA